GACGUUGGCUGCGUUUGGGUGUAGCAUGACCGACGUCGACCUAUAUAGCGACCUUGUGGAUGGACGCACUCCUCCUACAACUGAAUCUAGCAAUACGUGUCAACAAGCACAACUUCUCGAAACAAAAUGUGCAGCCCUGGAGACCGAAGUGGAGACUUUAACUGCACAUCUCUCUCGUUCCGAAACAGAGCGAUUUCGUCUGAUUUCGGUGAAUGAACAGCUUACCGAUAAUUUCUUCCGUCUUGCUGGUGCCUGUCGGAGAGAAAUAGUCAAAUUAAAAUCUCGCAUGCAGUUGCUGUGUUCCAAGUUCAACUCUUCAGAUACCAAAUCUGUACCUGGCAACACAUCAUCCUCCAAUUCGCCAAUAAAGGUGUUAAACCCAGUGGCACCCCUUUUGUACAGUGAUAUAAUGAAUUUCUUGCAUUCCAUCCGUUUACCAGAGAAUGGUCGAGCUCAUCCACAAUUUAGUCCUCAUUAUGUUGUCUCCAAGCAAGUGCUCCCGUCUUAUUCGUCAACUGAAAGAAUAUCUGGUCCGUUACGCAAGUCUCAUUCAUCCGUAUCCACGUUAGCCAGCCGUACUUCACGGUCAGUGUCUUCCAGCUCGUCUUCUUCGUCUUCGUCAUCAUCCUCCUCCCACAGCCUUGCCUCAUCCACACAGGUUGCGGGUUCCGUCGAGAAGCGUCAGACCUCCCGAUCAUGUUACAAUGGUUUACCCUCCCGAUUCGAAGUCUCAACGAGUAGAUCGAAACGAGACGCGGAACCCGUACGGAGUCAAGGAAGGAAUCACGACUUCAAUCAAUUAGUGACAAGAGCGGUCCCGUCCGGCCGCCAAGAAAAGUCCGCACAUCGAAUCUCGAGAACUCCCAGAGACACCAUAGGUGCCCGUCACCAGACUCGUUUAUCGCGCAUACAGAAGUCAGUUACCCCUGAGCGGCAUCCCACAAGACGGACGUCAUCCAGCAGAUGCUCGAAGGAUCACCCGACAGACACUACCAAACGCCGUGAUUUAUCGUCACAGGAAAAGGGCUGUCGUUCAACUGCGGUGCUAAAUAGGACUUGUUAUAGAACUAGGGAACGCUCAAGCAGGAUAGUGCCACAAAAAGAAUUGCGGAAACCAAUAAAUCCUAGUCUCCGUUCUCAAUAUUCUCAUGAUAAAUCUGUCAAACCUGUGUCGCGCGGCCUUCGACGCACGAGUGAAUCGCAUACGAAACAAUCAGCGUCAACUUCCGAAGUGCAUGACUCCGGUGUAUGUGUUGAACCAGAAACAAAGGUGUAUGCGGAUUCUGCAACCGGUCUUGGCUCUACCCUCAAUGACCGUAUUCGAAGUCACUUGUUAAGUGUUGUACAAGGGUGUGUCCGCCAAGCACGCGAUCACCAUGAUGUCAAGAGAGCUCUACAACGCAGCACGAGUGGAAGAACCGCAUUCAUAUCGGUUCCAGUGGAGGGAACCACUUCGAAUAUUUCACCAAACUCGCCUGUGUGCCAAAAACGGAAAGAAUCCGUGGAGUCAAAUGUAAACCAGGCAGAUUGUACUCUCUACACAAAACGCCUAAGAUCACGUAUAGCAUCCUCCACUUGUCCUGCAGCUGCAUCCGAACCACCCGCAUCCGAGUCGGGAGAAGUCCAGCUUUCUGAUCCCGAUCGUGCUGAUUUGAUCAUCCCUGCUACGUCCGUGGACUCGAAAGCUAAUGGAGAGGAUUCGGGCUCGACCGAUGCACUUGGUAUGCUCGUUUGUGCAAUCGAACCAGGAUAUCAAGAGAACACAAACAGCCCACCAACCACCAAUUUAAUUCCUGCGACUCUUUGUCCCAAUUCAUUGUCUUCACCCGGGCCGCAGAACCCGAACCACUCAUUAGGAUCCCCCUGUCCGCCACAGUUGUCUCCCUCUCUGUUGCCCACAACGACAGAAAACCUGUCCCCUCCCAAUCAGAGCGCUGAUUCCAAUCAGAUGCAGCUUCAGCUGCCGGAAAUUGAGAAGUGUGCCCCGUUAAUCCCCGAAGGCUCCAAUGAUUCGGCAGAACACGAUCACCUUUGGUCGUCUGCUGACGAACAUACAGCCCUGUCAACACCACCGUCCGCUCACACACCUUGUUCUAAGUCUCCACCUCACAUCCAACAUACUCUAGAAUUCGAUGAGUUAAUUGUAGAAAAUAAAGAGGAAGGUGAGAUUGCCGAUGAAGAAGAUGAGCAAGACGAGGAUUUGCUUCGCCAGUCUCACCAAAUUGCUGCGCAGAGGCAGUGGUCUCGAUCCCCCAAGGUAUUGGACCGACGACCCCCACCAUUGAGUCACUCAGGGAGUAUGGACGUUGAUGUCAGGGAACAUAGACCGUCGACUCGGAUGAUUAAACUCAAAUCGGGUUAUCCAGAUAUGGAAGCUGUUCGUCGACGAAAGCGUGCUCACAGUCCACAAGCUCGAACUCGAUCUCCGAGUUCCGUUCAUCAGUCACUAUCCGGUCAAGAUCGUGGUCGUACACCUCCUUCGCCACCAAUGAGCGCUGGACAGUCUGGAAGCUCCCACCCAAGAUCUACACUUUCCAGAUCACAAUCUGCCAAGAAGCAGCGUGUACUUCCCGGAACGAACCACUCCACUCGAGCGUCUGAUCCCUGCGUCGCGGAGCGCGCUCCUUCGAUCCACCGAUGGCCUAGUUGCACCAGGGAUAGGUCAAGAUCAUUCAGCCCACCUGAUUCCUUAACGCGAUCCCGUUUAGUUCCCCGAACUUCUGAUUCAAAGCGUUCUGAUUACCGGUAUCCUGUCGAUUCCAGACAGAUACCCCACCCACGACGCGUCUCGACCCGGGACCUCUCUCCUCCAAGGUCGCGUCAUUCCAUCAAUUCGCGUUUCGAUCGGGACCGCCGAUUUCCUCGCCGUAUUGUAUCUUCACCGUCCAACCACACCUACCGACGGUCUUUGGCUUGUCCACCAAGAUCAGUGCCAAACACGGGUCGAAUACAACGCCGUAAAUUUUGAUUCAGUACAAUGACAGUGCCUACACCUGCGUUCUGUUAACAGUGGUUUGGUAGUUUUUGUCCAUUCGACACCAAAGCUAUCGUUCUUUUGGGUUCAUUGUUGGAUGUUCAGAUUAUUCCACCCCCUUCAGCCGGCUGUUCUUCGUCUCCUCUUCAUUGCACCCAUUUUGCAUACCGGAGGAACUGUCGGCUAUCAUGUAGAAUUCUGAUAGAGAACCAUACAUUCCCUUUCUUUUUUUGACUUGCUUUUCGUCCUCGUUUUGGUUUUUCACUUUAUCACUUUUGUACAGUCCAUUUAACCAAUUGGUCUGCCGAUAAAAUUAUCUCGC